AUGAACGACGUCUCUCUCCCGCUACGCUGCGCGGUCGAGGCCCAAGAUGCACUGGCGCUCAAGCUGCUCGUCCCAACUGCGACCCCGUCGGCAAUUGACGCGGCCAUGCUUCUCGCGAUCGAACGCGGCCAUCUUGAUGUCGUCCUGAGCCUCUUGGAGCACACACGCGUUCGGUACUUGUACGUUGAGCGCGCUGUUGCGUGUGGCCAGGUGCGCAUUGCACUGCAUCUGAACCAGCGCGCUGGCGAUGCCGUGUGUGCUCUUCCGAGCCCGACGUCUUGCCCGCGAAGUGAGGCAGAGGAGGAUAAGCCCGUCCGCGCCGCGAUGUGGUGCCUGGCCAAGCACUUGCUCUCGAGCCCGGCCGUGUGAACGAGUCGUCUGCGUAUGCGUCGAUGACAGUGGGAUGGGUUGACAUGCAAGACCAGAGGGUGGGCCCUUGUCCGCCGAGAAUAAUAAUAUUACAAAG